UCGAGAAAGUCUGAAAGGAAAAGUUUCUGCUCCUGAGCUGAACGGCAUAAUCCAAAACAUCAUGACCUGGGUGGUGUCGGCGGUCACCAGCAUCCUCUACCCAGCCCUCACGAAAUUCGAAGAGCGGGUCAGGACGAGAGUGUACACCAUCUCCGAGGAGUCCGGGCUCUCCUCGGACAACUCCAGCAGCUGCAGCACCUGCAACGAAGACCUCUACGAGACCUGUGGAAGCCUCCCUUCCGGGUCCACCCGGAAGGUCAGCUUCACCGACACGAGCAUCAAGCCAACAACCAUGAGUAUUCCGAGCGAGUUCCGGAGCAUCAGCGGGAAGCCCACCUCCCUCCUCUCCUCCAAGUCGUCCUUCACCUCCUUCACGAAGAGCACCCACAUGUCUCUGGACAGCGACGCCCUCAAAGGGAAAAUCAAGAGGGGCAAAACAGCUGUAUAUCUGUCCCCCUCCAAGUACAGCGGGCUUUUCUCCACCACCUCCAGCAUGCGGAGCUCCAAGUCGGACAGCCACAUCUCCCAGUUGCAAAAGGACGCUGCCGGUGCAUCCGAGAAGCCACCCAUUCCGCACCACGGCAAAUGCAAACGCAGAUCAAAAGGGCUGCUCCCCAAAACAGAGGCAAACACCACCGAUACUGAAGGGGUGCCCUUUGGAGGAGGGGAGCACAAGCUCCCGCAUGGUCCCCAGGAGCCAUGUGAACCCAUCAGCUUGCGAGACCUCAAGUGUGUCUUUGCCGACUUGAAGUCUCACCUCACCCAAAUUACUGCCAUUAUUCUUGAUGACAUUUUCAAAAGGAUCUUAGGCGAUCUGGGCUUCCCAACUUGCUCUGUAUCCAUCAGCAUGGAGGUCCUGCUGGAAUCCAUCUCAGAAAGCCUCCUCGGAAGCCAUCCCGGAGGUCCACCCGAUAGUGGUUCAGUCUCGAGGAUCGCCAGUUUUGUGGCCAAUGACAUUGUUGAGAGCGUGCUCUGUAAGCUGCACUCUGCCACUCAGAAGAAAUACUCUGAAACUGUCUCGAGGGAGGACUUCUCUGCAGGGUGCAAGGGAGUGGUGGCUAGCGGAAAGCAUGGCGUCCCGGAUCCGGCCUUCUGGAGAACCCGGAUGCCCUUGUCCUUGGAGACUGUGUACGGGAUUGCUGAGGAGAUUGUUCACAUUGUCAUCGAUAAGCUGAAGGUGUUUGCAACGUCCAGCCAAACGAAACUAUCCCAGUUUGAACUGUGUGCCAAAAUCAAAGCCAUUGGCAUACCUCUGGAACAGCUCUAUGCGGCCAUCCCACCGCACACUGUCGAAUCUGAAGCGGCAACUGCGAUCGUGAAGGACACAAUCCGCAAAAUUGUUUCCAAGACCAUUGCUUCUUCGGAGACCAACAUUCUCCAGUAUGCAGAAGAGAUUAUCAGCAGCAUCAUGAACUUCAUCCAGAGGCGGGCGAGUCAGGAGGGAAUCCUUCCAAGACGAGAGAGCUCGAUUAUCCUUCAGCUGGUUAAUGAUGUAUUUAAUGACUUAAGUUUAGAAAAACUCUGGGGUGCUUCAGCCCCAGCAAAAUCCAGAGCUAGUCCUGAGGCACCAGGCGAACUUUCUAGUCAUGAAACCUCAAAAUCUAGGCCAACUACCGCUGCAGAUGAGAAGAGAAUGAGGAAGCCCUAUCCUCUUGUUCCUGUUCCUGGAAUGGUCAUUUAUUCCGAAUCGGAAGUUGAGGGGAAAGAGAAAACUGAACCAGAUGGGACCUUCUCCACUGUCAACAAGGAGCGGAGAGUAUUAGUCACAGAAAGGUCUCAAGAGAAAGUAAGUUAUGGCCUUGAAUCCCGGCAAAGAAGCCGGCCUAGUUCAAAAUCGUCGCACGAAGAGGGUGAGAAAGGCAGGGAGGCCAAAACGAAGGGAUUGGAGAGGACCAAAGGUUCUGUGGAAAAUUUUGUUCAGGAAGCCAUUCUCUGCUCGAUUGAAGGUCAACAAACAGUCCAGUAUCCUGCUGACCAAGUGUCAGGGUCAGCUCAAGCAGCUGCCGACGGUGGGUUGACUUUGGAGCAGGCACUGAAAAAAAUGGAAGAGGACUUCAAGGAGGGAGAACAAUCCUGAUCACCCAAAUCGUGCGGAAUCUCUUGCACGAAAUUCUCCAGCAUAUCUGGACGGAACAACCCAUAUGGCCGCCAGCUGUGCCGCCUCCUUCUCUUACCCACCUGGGUAAGCACCAACCAAAGCAUGCACCAGUCUCCAAGGGGCAGUUCAGUGCCCAGCCUCCCAUCUCUGAUGCAGAAGUCAGUGCUUUUGCCGGGGAGCUGGUCAAAAUAGUCUUCCAUAAAUUUUCCUGCGCCACCCUAGCGGACUCACACGGCAUCCAAGGCAGACGGUCUA